AUGUUGAAAUUGAUUGAGAACUCCAUUCCUCAUUGUUGCUCAUUCACAAAAUUGAGCAUGGCAAAGAAAACGAAAAUGAAUUUGAUACAUUGGCAUCAGCGUGGUUUUUGGCGUACAAGAGAAUUUAGUCAAUGUUUCCGAUAUUUACGAAAAGAUAAUUCGGAAUUUGAAAAUAGUAAUGAACAGGUUGAGUUGGCUAAUGUAAACAGCAUUAGCAAUAAUGAAAGCAAUGGAAAAGAAUCUCUGUCCGAAUUAAAUCAGGUUAAAACUCAUGCAGAAAGACAACAACUCAAAAUUCCCAAAAAACGAAACCAACUGAUGGAAACGGUACAAAAAUAUAAAACGUUGAAUCAACAGAUUGUGCAAAAACAACAACAACCUCCAAAGAAGAAAAAGAAAAACUCUCUUGAUAUAACAGAAGAGAAAGCUAAUUGGAGAUUUCUAAAUAAUAUGGAUGCUCAUAUAAUUAAACAUAUGAAGAUUAAGGAUGCUGACGCUGAUGAACUACCACCAUCUUAUAGCAAGGAAUACGAAAUUGGAAAAAAUAGAAGAACCAACCCUUAUCAUAUAGAAGAGCGGAAUUUCACAGUCAUGAAACCCAAGACCAAGAAAAUUAAAAAAGGUGAAUCAAAGGAAAUUAAAAAAGCAAGAAAAAUGUUGGAUGAAGAUGAAAAGCAUUUGAAGCCUGAAAAACCUCGAUUUUGA